UAAUAAUGUUGUUGGUGGCAGUAGUGUAGUUGUCGUAAACCUAUUGUAUAAUAGAUAAUUAUGUGUAUCCUGUGUGUAAGCCAAUAAUGUUAGAUUUGAAGUAGUUUGACAGUUUCGAAGGUUAGAUGGCGCUGAGGUAAUGGCGUCGCUGGGUUGUGUUGGUAGUGGUUUGUUAACAGAUGGAGUGUGGCUGAACGUUGCCAUUUAAACUGUUAUUUGUGUUGUCAAAAGUUUGGGAAUUUUUAUUAUUGAUCCCGAGUAUGUAAAAAGCAGUGAAUAAAUGUGAGGAGACAUUGGAGAGAGUGUAGAAUCGAAUUCGACGGGAGGACGACGUCGGGACGACCGCCGGCGGUGCGUAAACAAACACAGAGAGUGUCCUUUCGCGCGUUUAUAAUAAAUCCACAAGCCGGCAGCCAUGUUGUAAUACUUGUCAGGCAUCAUGGGUUAACACAGUAAACUUCGUUGUGUACAUUUUCAUGUGUAUCUCAGUGAGAAAACCAAGUUUUAGGGCGAUCUGACGCGUUGGACCCUUGAGAUUCGUGCGUUCUAAUAGCGCGUGUGGAUAAUGUUUGCGGGUGUUGUGAUGUUUCUGCGCAUUAUUACGGUCAGAGUGUGUGCAACGUCGUGGUAGUAGCGCAGGGAGUCGUCUACUGGCUGUCCAGGUGAGCGUCGAGAGCAUCCCUGGCGAGGGAGGUGAACUUACCGAGUCGUUGGGGCCGACCAAGUUGCCAGAGCCCCCGCCUCGGUCAUGGUGACGAGCGUUAAUGUUUCAUAGUGUCACGUGUGGUGUGCGGUAAACACAGGGAUUUAUAAAAUUAUAUAUCUCUACUAUGGCUCAGGCUCUUGGAAAAGAUCCCGACGCCUAUUUGAAAGAGCGGGACGGCUUCCUCCGGGACCUGCAGCACUUUCACGAAACCAGAGGGACUGCGUUUCGUCGAAUCCCAAAGCUAAACGGCACCGAGAUCGACCUUUUCCUGCUGUACUCCCUGGUAACCGCCGAAGGAGGAUGGAUCAAGGUGAACUGGAAGAAUUCGUGGCCUGAACUAUUCGAACACCUGAAUAUCCCAGACAGUUGCGUGAAUGCGAGUAUCGCCCUCAAGCAGAUCUAUCUCAGAUACCUGGACAGAUGGGAGAAAGUGCACUUCCUUGGCGAAGAGGCGGACCGGGGCAGCGACGACGACGAGGAGAGCCGCCACAAGCGGUGGUCAGCUAGGGCCCUACACUCGGUACCACUCACCUACAAUUACCAGCAGCACAACAUCGCAGAUUCCGUGAGGGAAUAUAACCACCUGUCCUCGGAUUUAUACAAAGGCUCCGAUUACGACCGCCUGGCAUUGUCUUUGUUGUCGCCACUUCCUAACGAACAAGACUUCGCCAUCAAUGUAUGCACAUUGCUCUCUAACGAUGGUAAACACACGUUAAAAUUGGAAAAGUACCCCAGGUUACUGGAUUAUCUAUUAGCACACGCAGGCGUGUUCCACCAUAGCUCUCUAAGGAAGUUGGUCGUCGAAAGUUAUGGCAACAUUCGAAAACAGAGCAUUGCUGCAUUUUGGAGAGACACGUUAGAGUCUGAGGAGUUUCUGGAUCUCACCAACGAGAAUUUGUUUCUGAAACGAAGUGAUAAAAUUUCAGAUGUUGUUCCUAUUUUGGAUUUGACAGCUAUUCCUACAACUAGCGCAGUUCUAACGAAACCAGAUGAGACGGAGACCAGUGAAUCGGAUAGUGACAUAGAAUUGUUCGCGAGUGACGAUUGCGUUCUUAAUGAUAUUCCCAGAGGGAGGGGGUUCAAAUUAAAAUUGGAGCCAGUCGACAGGGAACUGUUCAAUCUGGGCCGGAAUCUCGGGACUAGAGAUUAUAUGGGACAAAGAGUGCUCCAGGUGGCCACGAUUUUGAGGAAUCUAAGUUUCUUCGAUGAGAACACUAAUGUACUAGUGCAUAAUGGAACAUUUGUGCGGUUUGCAUUGCUAUGUGCGAGUUCGCGAUGGAAUCAGUUGAUGAAUUUGGGCAUGGAGAUGUUGGGUAAUAUGGCCAAUGAUUUUUUAGUCAAAGACUUGUUGAAUGACAAGAUCGCUUCAACUCUAUUGAAAAUAGUGACGAAGGGAUUGCAGACUGAAGAUAGGAAUUGGUGCAUAACGGCCUUGGAAGUAUUAAACAAACUCAGUCAGAAUGAGGCAAACGAGGAUGCUUUGUUACGACAUUUGGAAGCGAGUGUUUAUCAAAGAGUGUGUUCGUUUCUGACCAUACACGAUGUUAUGCUAUUGAUUUACACGUUGGAGUGUUUGUAUUCGUUAUCCUCGUUAGGUGAGCGCGCAUGUAACUAUAUAGUGAAUACAUAUGGUGUGCUUGAUACUUUGGUAUCACUUGUUACUGUGGAGGGGAAAAGCUACGGACCAAAGGCCUGCAUCGGGAUGAAACUUGUUGAAACCGUUACAGGAGGCACGACAGUUCCUCAACCAACCACCACUACAAUUGUUAACACAGCGACCAGUACUUCUACUGUUACUGUUUCCGCAACAAUUGCGACUCCUUCCGCUCCCACAGCUACUCCAGUCCAUACCAUCACUCAUCCCUCACCUGCUAAAGUCUCUGUACCAACAACGCCUCAACGACAAGUUCAAAUUGCGCCCCAGAGAUUGAUUGCCAUCUCACCUGCAACGACGUCAAAUGCAUCAACGACAUCGACACAAUUAACGCAGGUCGCUUCACAACAGCUACAUCAGAAGCAUGCGCAUCAACAGGCGAUCCAGGAAAAUGAACAAUUUGCACUUGCCUGGCUUCGCGCCACAUACGAACCUUGUUCAAGCGGAAAGGUUGAUCAUCAAGAGCUCUACAAGCAUUAUAUUAAUUCUUGUGCAAAAAUAGGACGACGCGGCGUUAUCGCUCCUUUACAUUUUCCGCGUUGUGUUAGAUCCGUAUUUGGUGGAACCGUGGGACCUAACCCAGAAAAGCCAGCGAAUCCAACGGACCCUCAGUUCUAUGACGGUAUAAAGGUGCGAGCUCAGCCACUGGUUAUAAAUGUACAGUUCAGUGCGACCACUGCAACCGCUCCAGUAAAUCCCGUGACACCAUUAAAGGCGGUAAGGCGUAAGCCUCAAACCGCCACAAUACACCACCAACCACCUAUAGCCCCUAGCCUAGCUCCGGUCAUACCGGAAGCUGUUGUUGAAACUCCUCCUUCUUCUCCCGCUUCCCCAAUCCUAAAAGCGCAGCUCAGCGCACCUCCAAAACCUCCCCGUGAGGCGGCAACAGCCUCAAAUAAAGCAGAUGCCUUGAAAAGUCAGGUGAUGGCCCAUCCUCAUCUAAGCCAGGCAUUGUUAGGAAGCGGUUGUGCCAAUACUACGACAAACGCUUCAAAGGACCAAGGUCAGAGUAAUACCUCGCUCAUCAAGAGUUUAUUGGCGACAAAGGUAAACGAAAGCAUGAACCCAGUCAGCAUGAGGACAGACUGCCAGUCCGUAGCUCAGGUUGUAGCACGUCAACAGCAGCAACGAUUGUUAGCGCAGCAAACAUCGCAACAACAAACCCCAGAAACCACAAAAACUAUUGUGAAAAGUGAAUCGAGUACUACAAAGAAUAUUCGUUUGAACGGAGCUCGUCAGCUCUUUACAGAAAUUGAUGUGGCAGAUCCAGCUGUGUCGUCAACUACGCAGGGUCUUAGUACGACGAAAGGUAGGCGGGAACCGCCUCAGCCGCCGCCUCCAUUAGCUCCGCUCAGUAAUAAUAAAUCAAAGAAUAGCAUGAAAAUAGACAACGAAGACAGUGAUUCUAUCGGCAACAAUUCACUCGCUUCUAGUACGGGUAUAGGUAACGUGGGAAUUGGUGGCGUUUCAUCGACAGAAGACGGUGAUAAUUCAUUGACAAGUUUCGAAGGCCUUUUGAAUGGUAUAGAUAAUCCUAUAACGAUAAAUGAGGACAGUAACUCUAAAGAUUCUAUGAAAAAUAAUGCAAAGAAACCAUUGAUGUUGGCUGACUUGCUGGAGAAGAAAGUUGACAAGGAUCCACCUCUCGUUAAUGGUGUGCUUGGAAAAGAGUUGCGAAUAGGGGAUAAAGGAUUAGAAUUGGUAGAAAAUCAUAUCGAUAAAGUAUUGUGUAAAGAUGCUAAUGAGAACAACAAAGUUAACGAAAUGAAAGUGGAAGAUAAAUCACUUAAAAGACCAGCAACAGACGAUCUUGCAGAUACUGAAACUAAGAAACCCCAUUUGACAAAUAACCUUAAUGGAACCUCAUCGGCUGAUUCACCGGCACCGGAUUCUGUAUCCAGUUCGAAUGGAGAAGAAGGAACUGUGACCGCGUCUACAGCCGCUGCUAAAUUGUUUGCAGAUUUAGCGGCAGAUAUUUUGGAAGACGAGCAGGAUGAAAUUAUGCAAGAGCCUCCAACACAACCACAACCAACUAUAAUUCAAUCUACACCCACAGUUCAACCAACCGCACCUGUUCAACAAGUAUUUGUUGAUAAUAACCAGCAAGUAUUAAUGGCACAGCCGCGCCAAAUUAUUGUUUCACAAUCGGGCAGUCCAAUGGUUUUACCCGCCGGAGCUCAACUUAAAACUCAAGCGGGACAAACUGUAAUUGUCCAAAAUUCUGCACAACAACGAGCAACUUCUGUAGUACAAUCGAAUAUGGGACAGAUCUUAUUGUCUCAAAGCCUCCAAGGAAGUAUGCAGUUGGUGGCAAGCGGACAACCAGGACAGUAUGUUCUUCAAACUGGUGGUGGCUCAGGAUACGUUGUAGCUCAACAUCAAGCAGCUAUGAUGCAUGGACAACCUGUUCUACUUGCACAGACGCCACAACAACAGGGCACCGGAACUAAAACAAUUAUUAUUUUACAACAAAACACAAAUGCUGCUACCCACCACCAAAAAGUUGUUAUGACUCCUCAAGGCCAGCAAGUUGUUGUGACUCAAGUGCAGAGACCUAUAUUGCAACAAAGUACAGUAAGCAACUUGCCAACUACUACGACUGUCGUGAAAACCGCAGUAUCGAGCGUAGUCACGCAGAGCACUGCUUCAAACGGUGGGCCGUCAUUGGUUGAGAAACGUGCCGAGGAAAUAAAAUUAUCUAUGAAGAAAGUGGUUCGCGAUUUAACAACACCUUUCGUUUGCGAGUGGGGUGAUUGUUAUCUGGAAAAGAAGUUUAAAUCGGCGAAUGAAGUAUACAUGCACGUGUGUGCCACCCAUAUUCCAGAUACCACCGACGAGCUGCUAUGCCAAUGGGAGCGAUGUGAUAACAUGAAAAGAAAACGUUUCUCAUUAAUGACACAUAUCAAUGAUAAGCAUUGUAACACAGAGGCUAUGAAGAACGCGUUGGUUAAGAGGAAGCAGAAUCAGCAUACGGGUAAAACAGAAGUGGCAGCACCUACGACGACCUCCCAGCAUCCUGGAUAUGCUCCUGAUGCAGCAUUUCAUGCAAUCAAAAGACAUGCUCUCGAAUUUGUUAAUCCCAAGGAACUGCAGAGGACCGCGGUUAAGCAAGGGAAUGCAAAUGUCCCUGCCACUGUGCCCAGAACAGGGCCCCCUCCCUCUGAUCAGGAUGAUAAUGAAGGUCCAGUAACGAAGAGUAUAAGAUUGACAGCAUCUCUAAUAUUAAGGAAUCUCGUGAUUUAUAGCAGUAAUUGCAGAAGGUACUUAAAACAUUAUGAGCCGCAUUUAGCGAAUGUUGCACUAAGUAAUGUAGAGUCAUCGAGAACAAUAGCACAAGUGUUAUAUGACAUGAACGAGGGUUCGAGCCAUAGGUGACCAAAACGUAAACGAGUGAUACCAUUAUUUUCAAAAUUGGAUGCGCCCUCGCCCCAUCAGUCCAACGGACCCAGCCCCACCUCCCAGUGAUCGUUCGUUUUUACUAUUUGACUGUGUAACAUAAUUAUAAUAUAUAUAUAUAAAAAAAAAAGUGGAAGUGUACAAAAAAGAAUAGGAUUUAAGGAGCCUAAUUGUUAUUUUUAUAUUAUUUACUAUA